AUGCCUAAAGCAGCUGUUGCGGUGCGCAAGGGUGUGUGUGAUGUCGUGUUGACGAAUGAGCUCCUUCGCGGGGUGGUACAAGGAUCUUCUUCCGUUCCUCUUUUAGUAGGUCUGGAUGCAAGUGCUACCUUGUUGGUGUGGCACAGCAAAAACUCUGAAGCAGCAAGAGAUAGAGACAUCAGGGGAGAUAUUCUGGCAGAGUACAUCGUCGAGAGUGGGCUGGUGGUGCUGAAUGAGGACAGCGAGUUCUUUACUUUUGCCGGGCCAGUUGGUUCUAGCGAUAUAGACGUCACGCUUGCGAACGCAUCUCUCGAGCAGAUCUUUACUUGGGACUGGAAUGUGCGUUCGGAUUUUGGGGUCAGCGACCACAACCCGAUGGUAAUCAACCUGAAGUGUUCCGGGCGACUAUUCUGGGCAAUGCUGAGGAUCUUGGACUUGAGAAUUUCCAGCGGCUGUCCUUGGAGGAGAUGUGUUGACAUAUUGAAGGAUCGGUGGAAACGGCGUGUAGAUCCUCUCAAACGAAGCAGAAUCGCAAAGACCUUGUGCGAUGAUGGACCCCCGACCUGUCCGUACAACGGAGGCAAAAGCGGAAGGGAUGGGAAUACAAGCAUAAUAGAUGGUGACGAAGUUGCGGAAGUCAAGAGAAGGUGGAGGUACGUUAGCAGAUGGUAUAAAGAGAGUCUCAGAAAGGCUACACUCGAGAAUUGGAAGGAGUUUGUACAUCAGACAACUCAAGUAGGAAAAGAUCCAUGGGGGGGAGUUUACAAGACGUGUAGAGGACGGAGAGCUGCCACUGAUAUUGCGGCCAUCAAUUCUGGGGGCAGAAUAUGCGUAACGUGGAUUGAGUUGGCUGAAGCAUUGCUCGAAUCUUUUGCGGUCAGUACCGUCCAGAUGAUGUAG